ACUCAGAGUAAAGAUUAGCAGACUCCUAACCAUAACAAUCCACACCACCAACAAACGAGUGGGAUUAUACUGAACCUGUUUUCAAUGAAAAUGAAAAUUCACUAUUGAAGAUCGCGGUUUGCAAUUAUUUGGUCAUCAAACUCAAUCUAGCCAUCCGAUUUUCGUACAGACUGGGUUAAGGUCGCUCACUGUACAGUUAGUUUCGGCGUCUAGAGUGCUUUUUUUGGGCUCGUGAAAUGGGCAGAGUAGACGAUGGGAACAGGUGCAGUUGGUGUCCAGGGAUCAGGAAUAGGUUUUGGAGCAACAAGGAAUCGCAAAAAAAUUCGUGGCCCAAGCCACAAGUGGCAGAUGAAGUUGACAAAGCAGCACCCCCAGAUGAACCGCCCAAAGAAGACAUCCUGAUAGUAAGAGGAAUCGAUUCCUGCAUAGAAGAAAAUGGAAUAAACCAUUUUACAGACAAAUAUGAAAUUAUGAGGAGAAAAAUCGAACCUAAAUUGGUAGUAAGAAGAGGUCAAUCUUUCAAAUUGAUACUGAGGCUCAGCAGGAAAUAUGACCACGAGAGGGAUGGAAUUUCUUUUAUAUUCACUGCAGAUGAUGAAGAGAAAAACAGCUACGGUCAAAAAACCCUCAUCGCUACGCCACUGUUAAGAAAACCAUCCAAUUCCUUCAUAUGGAACGCAGUGGUGGAACACGAGGGAGAAACCUCCGUCUCUGUUAACAUAUUCACAGAUGCAGAAGCUGCCAUAGGAAGAUGGAAACUAGACGUGGACACCAAAAUCAUAGACGGAGGUGCCUAUUGCUACUCCUGGGAGCACGAAAUUUACCUCCUCUUCAACCCUUGGUGCAAAAGAGACAGGGUGUAUUUGAGCUCGGCAGAUUGGAGAACAGAAAGUGUCCUGAACGAUACUGGAAUGAUUUGGAGAGGCACAUUUAACAGGAUGAAACCUGUCAUUUGGAAGUAUGAUCAGUUUGAUAGCAACAUUUUGGAUUGUGCUCUUUACGUGUUGCACGAAGUCGGGAUGGUCAGAGGUCCCAAAAGGUCUGAUCCGGUAAAAGUGGCCAGAGCAUUGGCAGCUGCUGUUAAUUCAGCAGAUGACGACGGUGUCAUCAUGGGUAACUGGAGUGACGACUUCAGUGGUGGUACACCUCCAACUAAGUGGAUUGGGAGCAAAGAAAUUCUGAGGAAGUAUUACAAGAAGAAGAAGCCGGUUAAAUUUGGACAAUGUUGGGUAUUCUCCGGAGUGUUAACUACAAUUUGUAGAGCUCUGGGAUUACCUACCAGAACAGUAACCAACUAUUCUUCGGCCCACGAUACCCAAGGUUCCCUCACAGUCGACUACUUCCUGAACCAAGAUGGCGACUUUGUGGAAGACAUGAAUUCGGAUUCUGUUUGGACUUUCCACGUUUGGAACGAAGUGUGGAUGUGUAGAUCGGAUGUGGACGAGAAGUUCGAUGGUUGGCAAGUCAUAGAUGCCACACCACAGGAGCAAAGUGAGGACAUCUACCAAGUUGGACCGGCAUCUGUGAGCGCACUCAAGCAUGGAGAUGUUUUGAAGCCUUACGAUAAUGGUUUUGUCUUCGCUGAGGUCAAUGCAGAUAAGGUAUAUUGGCGAUACAACGGUCCCAAUAAACCUCUAAAACUCCUCCAAAAAGACACUCAAGCCAUAGGAAAACUGAUUUGCACCAAAGCUCCACACUCCUUCGACAGACUAGACAUAACAAACAUCUACAAACAUCCUGAAAAAAGCUACAAAGAACGUCAUACAAUGCUAAAGGCUCUACAACAGUCCCAGAACAUCUUUGCCAGAUAUUACCUCAACGAAGACUUCAACGACAUCCACUUUGAAUUCGUCCUAAAAGAUGACAUUAAGAUAGGAGAGCCUUUCAGUGUUAUACUCGCCAUGACGAACAAGAACGAAACCAUAGAUUACAAGGUUGUUGUUCUUCUUAGAGUUGACGUGAUGGACUACACCGGCAAUGUUGGAGAAAUGGUACAGAGAAGAAGUUUCGACGUGGUAGUAAAAGCUAAUUCUAUACACGAGGUCUCUCUGGAGGUUAACUAUUACCAGUAUGCUAAGAUACUGAUGGACCAAGCGACCUUUAAGACUUUAUGUUUUGCCAAGGUUCAAGACACCAACUUCGAAUACUACGCCGAAGAUGAUUUUAGGGUUAGGAAGCCUGAUGUGAAGUUUUCCAUCCCUGAGAAGAUAGUAGAGGGUAAGGAAGCUGUGGUGGUGGUUACUUUAGAGAAUUCCCUACCAGUGCCAUUGAAAAAAGGGGAGUUCACGGUUGAAGCACCAGGGCUGGAAAGACCGGUUAAGAUAAAGGUAAAAUCUUCUGUGCCUCCUGGAGAAAAAGCAGUAGGAGAGUUUACGUUUGUUCCUCCAAGAAGUGGAGUUUAUAGUAUUGCAGCGAAAUUUGUUUGUAAGGAGAUGGACGAUUGUGAUGGUUAUAAAGUUAUUAAAGUACAAUAUUCUCCUGUUGAGAUGAAUACGACUGAGUAAAAGUACCAAAUUUGUUUGUGAUAACUGCCUUUUUUUAAUGAAUUAUUAAUUUUGUACAUUUCAGUAAUUUUUUUUUUGAUACCUACUUUUCUCAUUAUUGCAUUUUCGUUAACGAUGAAAAUAAAGUUGAAUAUUUGA